UCAAAUAGGUAAUCUUCAAAAGUUCCAGCAUGUCAGCUGCCAACAAGAUAGUAUUGUAAUAGGAAUUUCCACACCACGCCCCCUAGCGUGCAGCCAAUAAAAUAAAGACUGGCUGAAUAUAAGAUUGCAAACAUUUCCUCUCUGUUUCACAUCUUGCUUAUGCUUAAACAAGCCAUGGGGAUUUUACUCAGCCGGAUUUAUGAUGCUUUCUAUGGGAUGGAGGCGCGUAUUCUCCUUCUGGGUCUGGAUGCUGCUGGCAAAACAACUCUGCUCUACAAGCUGAAGCUGAAUGAAACAACUUCAACCAUUCCCACUGUGGGCUUCAAUGUGGAGACAGUUCAAUCCUUCCACAAUGUCAUUUUCACCAUGUGGGAUGUUGGUGGACAAGAGCGCAUCAGGGCCCUAUGGAAGCACUACCAUACCAACACAGAUGGGCUGAUUUUCAUGGUGGACAGUAUGGACUAUUAUCGUUUUGAAGAAGCUAGGCUGGAGUUGGAGGCAUUACUGGAUGCUGACGAUUUGCGAGGGGUGCCUUUGAUGCUGCUAGCCAACAAACAAGAUUUGCCUGAAGCAUGGCCUUCCAUGAAAGUGGCAGAAAGGAUGGGAGUGAGGAAAAUAUCAGGACGCAAAUGGCGUAUCCAGGGUUGCUCUGCUAUAAGUGGUGUGGGGAUCCCUGAGGCUAUGGAGAAACUAUCGGAGAUGGUCAAGGCAUAUCGCAAAACUAAGAGGACCAUCUGAGUUCAACAUAUGAAGAAUACAAGGUUUUCUGCUUAACUCUUUCUGUUUGCAGCAGAGUCUUGCAAAAAGCCUCUUGGAUCCCAUUUACUCCUAAUUCUCUUCAUGAGUCAUAUGAAAAAACAUUUUUUAAUGUUGGGGCUAAUUUUGAAUAUAGAAUAGGCUAUAAAACUGUGUUGGACUAAAUAACAACUGGACUUUUUAAAAAUGCAGUUUAUAUCUUCAUCUUCAUACUGAAUCAAGUUGAGAAUUCCAGGACUUGAAUAAAUGAGACUCUAAUAUCAACAAUGGAUCUUUAGUUAUCAGAGGCCAAUUUUAUUUUGAAUCAGUAACGUGUUAAUUCUUCUGCUGCA